AUGAAAGGUGGCGGCGGCAGCACGGAGGUAAACGUGGGCGUCCCCAACGUCUACGGUCUGGUGUUUGCCUGCACGUGCGGCGUGAUCCUGGGCGUCGGCCUGGGCGCCAACCUGCUGGCCUUCGCCUUGUUCGCCAAGUCGCCGCGUCGGAACAGUCUGGACGUCCUGCUCCUCAGCAUGGCGCUGGCCGACUUGCUCACCCUGCUGCUCAUCCCCUUCACCCUGCACUCGGCCCUCAGCCACUCGUGGCCCACGGGCGACCUUUCCUGCAAGGUCUACCAGUUCCUUCUGGCCUUGGGCCUGGCGGCCAGCACCUACUCGCUGUGCGCCGUGUCGGUGGCUCGCGCCGCCGUCGUCACCAACCCCUACCGGCCUCUGGCCGCCGACUGGGCGGUCCUGGCGUUGGCGCUGGUCUGGGCCCUCAGCUUCCUCGUCAGCGUGCCUCUGCGGAUGUUCGCCACCAAGGAGAGCCUGAGCCCCGACCUGGUCAGCUUCACCUUCUGCCUGCCCACCAUCCAGGAGCACCACUACCAAGUGGUCCUGAGCCAGUUUGUGCUCUUCUAUUUCAUCCCCGUGCUGGUGAUCGCCUUCAACUACGCCCGCCUGGCGCUGUUUCUCCACAAGAGUCCGGUGAUGUCGGCCUCCGGAGGCAGGAACACGCGGCGGGCCUCGCUGACGGUGUUCUUGGCCACCGCCACCUUCUCGGCUUGUUGGCUGCCGGGCUACGUCCUGGAGCUGUGCCUCUACCUGGGCCUCUACCGCCACGGACGGGCCUGGGAACUCUUCUACUUCACCUGCACGCUGCUGCAGUACCUGCACCCGUGCGUGAACCCCGUGCUCUACGUUCUGCUGUCCAAGCGAUACCGCCACAGGAGGGCGGCCUGGCGCUUCGGAUGUCGUGGCAACAGAGUGCGGCCGCAGGUCAGCAGUGUGUCGGCAGACAGUUCUUAG